UGUAUUCCUGCUGGAUCAGAUUCUCUCUGUAAACCAGUGGACCAAACUUCCGGGUAUGGAGGGCGUUGUGAUGAUAGAGGAGGACGACGAUUGCCCAGAGCUGGUGCCCAUCGACAACCCACCUGGCCCCCCCGAAGAGCAGAUACCUGUCACCAUCAUCACAGGCUACCUAGGCGCUGGAAAGACAACUCUCCUGAACUACAUAUUAACAGAACAACACAACAAGCGGAUCGCUGUCAUUCUCAAUGAAUUUGGAGAGGGCAGCGCACUUGAGAAGUCGCUCGCAGUGAGCCACGCAGGAGAACUGUACGAGGAGUGGCUCGAGCUUAGAAAUGGCUGCCUCUGCUGCUCUGUAAAGGACAACGGUCUUAAAGCCAUUGAGAAUCUGAUGGCGAAAAAGGGAAAGUUUGACUACAUCCUGUUAGAAACCACAGGACUUGCUGAUCCAGGAGCUGUGGCCUCCAUGUUCUGGGUUGAUGCAGAGCUCGGCAGUGACAUAUAUUUGGAUGGCAUCGUCACCGUCAUCGACGCCAAGUAUGGACUCCAGCAACUGUCAGAGGAAAAGGCAGAAGGACUCACCAAUGAAGCUGCCAGACAGAUUGCUGUCGCUGACCUAACCAUCAUCAACAAGACAGACCUGGUGACUGAGGAGGAACUCACACAAACCCGAGACGCAGUCAGAUCAAUAAAUGGCCUUGUAAAGAUUCUUGAAACCCAGAGAUCAAGGGUGGAUCUUUCUCAAGUGCUGGAUCUGCAUUCCUUCGACAGUAAGGAAGGCGUGAAUCUAACAGAGAAGCUCCAACUCGUGAAAUCUACAAGACCACAUCUAGAUAAGAGUAUUUUAACUGCGACGUUUGAGGUCACGGGAGACCUUCCAGAGGAUGCCUUAAACGUUUUCAUCCAGGAUCUGCUUUGGGAGAAGAUGUUCAAGAACAAAGAAGGGCAACCCAUGACUGUCAUUCGCUUGAAGGGUAUAGUGUCACUCGCAGGGAAAGAACACCAAGUGAUGCUGCAGGGGGUCCACGAGCUGUAUGACCUGAAUGAGACGCCGCAGCUUUGGGAGGAGAACCCGCGGAUCAACCGCCUGGUCUUUAUAGGUAGAAACCUGGACAAGGACAUUCUGAGGGAACAGUUCAUCUCUGCAGUGGUGCAAGGAGCGGCUGAAAAUUAGCAACAAGCUCAUCUCCUCGCUCCGCUCUACGUUAAAAACUUUAGUUCCUGGAGCAAAAAAAAAAAAAUGUGGCUUUUGCCAUCCAUAAAUCAAGGACUGUUCAUCCUCCAAGAACACGAGGUACGUCAGCAGAUGGUUCAGGGGACAAGAUGAUCUCUAUGGUGGUUUCAAUUGAUGUCAUUCCACCACUGCCUGCUUUAGAAGCUACAGUAUAUUGAAGAGUUUGAAAAUAAAAAAAUGUUUCCUGAACAUGAUUUCAAAAGUGUGUACAGAGAGAAAAACAUCACAAAGGCCCGAAAUGAUAAUCAAUGCAUUGUAGUUUUCAUAUAGAUUACUUUGUAAAAUCUGCAUUUUCUGAAGGUUGGGAACUCAAAUCAUGUCAAAGUUGCAAAAAGACACACAAAUACACACACACACACACACACUCACACAAAACAGACUGAAGUGUGGUUUGACACUGGACAUUGCAAAUAAAGUAGCCUUGCUUAUGUUUCUGGCUUUUGACAUCCUGGUUUUUUUAAAUUAUUCAAAAUAAAGUUUUUUCUCUGAAAGUAUUUGACUGCUCUGAUACUCUUUAACAAAACGAUUAUUUAGACAGUUUUGUAAAAA